UCAAGUGUCAAAUGAGUUGUGGGCUGCGCUUACGUCUGUUGGAGGUCCUGUGCAAGUUUUCCUAAAUUUCACAUUCCUAUCGUGAGGACCGAGUCUUUGAAUAGAAUGGCCGCUGUGGCGUUCCGAGUUACGUGUGGCGCUCACGUAGCGCCACAGAACUCGUCCACACUGAAGUGCUGCGUUGACCCUGACCGGGAUUUGAAUGUGUGACUCGAGUGGCUGGGAAACACACCUGCUGCUGUACCAGGUCUAUGGCUCAAGCUUCCUCCAUCCCAUCAACUCUCACUCCUUGUUCUGCGCCUUGCGACACCGACCUUCGUGCGAGGGUGCUUGAGCCAUACCUAUGGAGGAAUAAUUGAGGUGCCGUCGGCCAACAUUCGAGCCCGAAAAUAAUUAACGCCUUGUGAGGACAAGCGCAAUUCAAACGGGAAAAGCGGUGAAACAAGGAAAGCCGUUGAGGAGGAGGAGGAGGACGAAAACCAGAGGACGACCCAGCCUCCUUGCGAGACGCCCACUGCGGGCAGGAGUUGAGGCUCCUUCCGUGCAUCCCCGAGAUGCAUCGCUCUGGCGCAUCUCGCUCCAAGGAGAGCGGCGCGCCGCCCAAAAAGAGCAGCAUGCUCAGCAGCCUCCUGCAGAAGCUGCACCUCGACAACCACGGCUCGUCCUUCAACCGCAGCCGUGGCCAGCAGUCGGGCGGCCUCGGGCGGCAGCUGGACCUGCACCGGGGCCAGGAUCCCCCGCCCAUCUCGAGCGUGCUCAACCACAACCUCCUCAACCUCAACCAGUUGCAGUCGGGCGCGCUCAACGUGCCGGGGCAACCGGGCAGAGGCGGCGGUGGAGGCGGCGGCGGCGGGGGCGGCGGCGGCGGCGGGGGCGGAAGCGCCGCGGUGAUCCAAGGGCACCACCCGCCCUUCUCGUGCCCGCAGACGCAGGCCGGGUACCCGUGGGGGCUCGACGAGUGCUUCGCCGGCGACGUCGCGAGGCCGCGCAGCUUUAGCCAGUCGCGCCAGCGCCUCUGCCAGGUGCAGCCGCUGCCCGACUCUGGCCCCGGCGUGCCGGGGGCUCGGGGUCGGCACCAGCGCUCGCACAGCUCGGGCCAGCCGGUGCAGAACCUUGUGCAGAUCCAGCAGAGCAACCAGAGCCUCUUCGGCGGGCCCGCGGUCGCCUCUUGCCAGGGCUCGCAGGCGUUCGUGCAGGGCCACGGCAUCCAGUCCAACCAGAACGUGAAAAAGAGCCUGAUGCUCCCGCUCGCCGUGAACCUGCAGGGCACGGCCGUCGAGUUUGUCGGCCCGCAGAGGCCGAGCGAGCGCUCCCAGAGCCCCCGGCGCUCCAACCAGAGCCAGAGUCUGCUGAGCCUGCAGCAGCAGCAGUUGCAGCAGCAGCAGUUGCAGCAGCAGCAGCUGGUGCAUGGACCUAGGCCCAAAAGCCCUUCGAGUCAGGUGGCGCAGAAGCUGUUUGGCUACGGUGAGGGGAGCGAGCGGCAAAUGCUGGACGACGGGGAGGAAGAGGAUGACCCGGCGCCGCGAGGCCACGAGGGCUUCCCGCACGAGAACAACAACGGCGAGGAGGCGCGGAGGCAGAGGAGGAGCCCCGGCGAGCAGAGGCCGCGGCGGCUCACGCACGGCCGGGCGAGCGGCGCCACGACCUCUGCGGCGGUGGCGGCCGUGGCGGCCCAGCAGCGGGUGGCCGACGACAAGGAGAGGGAGCGAGAGCGGGAGAGGGAGAAGGAGAGGGAGCGGGAGAAGGAGUUGGAGGAGGCCCGCACGCGCGCCAUGCAGAUGGAGAAAACCAUGCGCUGGUGGUCGGACUGUGCCUCGAGCUGGCGCGAGAAGUGGGGAAAGGCGCGCACGGAGAGAAACGAAUCGCGGGACGAGAACCGUCAACUGAAGCAGCGUCUCGACGGCCUGGAGAGGGAGCUCCACCAGAUCCAGAUGGAAAAGGACCGGGCCGUCGGCGAUAACCAGACCCUGCGGGAGCACCUGGAGAUGCUGAGGGCCUGCCUCCAUCAAGCCGGCGUGCCGGACCCCACGGUGCGCGACGUCGACUCCCCCGCCGACAGGGAGGCGGGCAGAGGCGCGGACGUGGAGCGGGAGAGAGGCAGAGAGCUGGAGAGGCAGCUCCAGGCGGAGAUGGAGCUGGAGCUGGAGAGAGAGCGAGCAGAUGGCUUCAUGAGCAAGUGGGGGCAGGUGCCGGGGUUGGCCCGGAGGCCCAGCUUCGGCGUGGAGAAGGAGGCAGCGCCACGGGACGGCAUGCCAGGCGAUCACCUGGCGACUCUUCUCUGCCGCGACGUGGGAUCCGCCACCGGGGCUCUUCCGGUGCGGCGUCUGUCAGCUGCCCUCGAAAUGGUGUUUCCAACGCCUCCCGAGAAUCAGAGCAUCGACGAUGACGACGACGAUGACGACGACGACGAUUAUAACGAAAAUGAUGACGAAAACGGCUACGGAGAUGACGUCAACGACGACGAUUAUGACGUUGAUAACCACGAUCACGACGACAACAAAUGUGGCUACGGAGGAAAGAAGAAAUACCUGGUGAGUGGCUCGGAGGAGAGCAGCGAGGAAGAGGAGCUGGAGAGCCUCACCAUUCGCAUCGCUUGAGAGGGGCAGUGGGCCCCGGCCGGUGGUGACGCGACGCCCCGAUGCGGGGCAGCGACGCUCCUCUCCCAACGGUGACCCCUCACCCUGGGCCCGCUGUGUAGAGGAAGGUGGCACCGAAGCCUCUCCCAUCCCACUGUGAUGUCUCCCCCCCACCUCCUCUACUGAUGAAGCCUGCUGAACCACAGUCAGCCACGUAGAUGCGCUUUCGGGUUGUGCUCCAAUGUGCUGGCGGGAACGUCGGGAACGUCGGCUUCCUCGGCUCCCAGGACAUGGAGGGAAACGUCGUACGACGCGUCGCGCAACCCGAACACGUCGGAGAGCUGCACAACAAAGACAAAGAUCCCCCGUAUAGCCUCAACAGACUGUUGGGGCAAGUGCUGUUAGCGAGCACAAAACAACCACGAAUACCUGCGGUUGGGCCUUGUUAAUCGAAAAGAGGAAGCGGGCAAGUGGAUAUGGACCUGGGAUAAGGCUCACUAGCGCCUCUAUUCAUGCGUGUUAUAUCUAAAAUAGGACACUUUCUGCAGGCAGCAGCAUAUGUAACUCUUGUGGAAUAAUAUGUUCAGCUUUGCAGCUUACUUAUUUUAAGACUGUUUGACCUUGCAUCGAGGGGGUAAACGAAUUUGGAGUUCUCGGUCUAAUCACAUCCUUUUUUUUCGUAACUCGUCGUUUACCCAAGAAAGCCGCAGAGUCCCAAGACUUUUGUUAAGAGGGUCCUGUCAAGUUUUUGUAAGUUGGGGCAAUGCUGCUCUGAGCGUAAUCCCAAAAAACGUGCAUGCAAUUCUUCAGCACUGGGAUAUUUGCUGUUGGAUGAAACGGGGAUAACGCAGGGGAGAACCCACGCAGAACAGGGGGGGGGGGGGGGGAGGGAGAGCAUACAAACUCUGCACAGAAAGACGCCCAGAGUCGGGAAUCGAUCGCAAGCCCUUCUUUCUUGCUCCAAGGCACAAGUGUUACCAGCUGCGUUUCCCUGCCGCCGAUUUAAUUGAGCUCGUUUUGUUAAAAGCGUUAUAACGGUAUUUUUCUAUGGUAAUCUGUCAAAAAAUUUAGACGAUGCUAAAUUAUGUAUUUCUUAUAUGGAAGAUCUGGGUGAGUUUAAAACUCAGGACUUUCUGCCUUUCAAAGAAAAUAUUCGUCCACUCCCCAUUUUAACACGAGCUGCAUUCAAAGUAAACAUUCCUGUUAUAAGCAGGUAAGGUAGGCAAGUACACCACUUGCAAACAACCAAGAUCUGUAACUUUCUUUGAUGGGUAAUGAGGGUGCGUUCAAAUGUUUGAAAAAUAAAAACCGAACGGUUUUUGUUGUUCUCUCAAUGUCCCUAUAAAUAUCUUGCAAAUAACACGUUUCAUAGACAAACGCUAAAUGUAAUAAAAAAAACGGUCUCCAGGUGCUACCCGCAGCUUUCGCACACAUCACUCUUUUGAAAUGACCACAAACAGAAUAUGCACUAAUUGCUGGACAUGGGUUAAUUUUUUUAUAAUGGUGUGGGAUUUACAAAGCUGCGUAUCAUGUACGUGAUGUGUGUCUUACGCAGAGGACAUAGUGAUGCCAUUAUUGCCUAGGCGUAGCAGUGUGCUUUGGGAAAUGAUUGGGAAUGCUUAAGCCACACGCGUAAUUUUCAUUUUCCACUCAAUGGCCUUCACAAGUGUAAAGACCCAACAUCUCGCAGUGACUGACGUAUAUACCCCCUCCCCCCUCGUGUUACACCACCGCCCACCCUCUGAUGUCACGGACGUUUCUUCUAUGGCUCUUGCGUAAAAGGAUGAGGAGAGGGCUUAUUUUCGUCCAGAGGGGGUGUCUUUUGCGAACGUCCAGAGAAUAGCUCCAACUCUCAAGCCUUGCAGUGAAACCCGGUGUGCCGUUUGCACUUCGACGAAUUUAACAAAGAAAGUAAAACAAUCAGCCCUGCAAUUACUCGGCUCCUGCCACCGCUAGUGGAAGGGCCUCCACUGGAAGGGGGCUCCAGAGAGCCCACCCGAGACAGUAUUUGGCCUACUCUUCCAAGCUGGCCAGAAAGAGGUCUUCGAAGAGGUUGGGAGUAUCCACGCAUUUCCCUACCACACACAACCGGCCCGAAUGUGUCGCACCCAUUUCUAUGCUAUAUGAAUGCAAAUUGCAUUGCAUUGUAACGUAAUGUUCGCACAUUAAGUUAUUUUAAUUAGCAGAGACAUUGUUGUAAUUCAUUUGGACUUUUCGCAAUGUUUUUUUUGUAACUGUAUAUGUAUAAAUCUUGACUUAAAAGCUUUCGUGACUGCAGGAAUUCAUACUCUUUGGGUCACGCAGAUAGAUAGUUGAAGACGAUUGCUUGUGAAGCGAUCGAAACGUCGUGAUUUGUUUUAUUAUUUUUUAUCUACGUGACUUUACCGAAAGGCCCAUAGAGUAUGUAUAUGUAUACAAUAUUGCUUCAUAUUUAAUACCAUUUAUCGAAGAGCUGUUUGUGUUCUCCAUUGAUACACUCACAUGUGUGCUCCCAUGCACACGUGCCAUAGGAAAGCCAUGACGGCGCUGUAAUGGAAGUUUGAAUGUAUGCUAUGCGUGCACGGUAAUUUAUGCUUGAAAAGUGAAAUGGAGGCAACGUAUCGUCGUAAUCCAGCUUAGCAGUGGCGGUUGAUUAACGGACUCUGGAAGUGCUGUAAAUUACAGUAAUUGAACCGCAUUGCCUCCCACAGGGCUAAAGAGUAUGUGUGUUGAUCAAUAAUGUUGGGGCUAUCUUUGAAAGCAGUAGCGUUUAACUAUGGGGGGGUUGGCAUGAGUGGAGUAUCUAGGGGAUGACAAACCACAGAGCAAUGUUAUUCACUCAUCAUCACACGCACACUACGCUUGUUUAAUAGCACACAUGCUCGCCGGUGUACGCUUUCUUAAUGUACAAUUUUCGGGUAUCCAAAAGCAGCACACUUGUCCAUGUUAUCCUUUUAUACCUUUUUUUAAACACCUUACAGUGAAUUAAAAAAACACAACAAAUUGCAGUGUGCUUUCUGUAGGAUCAUUAAUGUAUUUAUACGUGUUCAUUUUGGUCAUCAAGUCAGCAGUUGGUCGAAUCGUAUUUUUGUUAUUAGAAAAUGUUAAAGCAUCGUUUAUUUGCAUAAUUAUACCCACGCAUCCGUAAACACCCAGGUCUGUUCUUGGGUUGGUACAAGCGGCAGGGUGAAGACGCCUCUGGAAAUUCACGUGAUCGUGGGCUCUGACCCCCAUCUCCGGGGGAAGGCCCUCCCCUUUAAAUGACCUCCACACACGGGACACCCUCUAAAUGUCGAAUUUGCCUAAAUUAACAACGCAUUAAUCAUAAUAGUCUGGGCGUCAAUCCAGCUCCCAGUGCGACACCGUAUUGCCUAUUGUUCUAGCUGUCGUUGUAAAGUGGCAAAACAAAGGGAAUAGCCUGGGCCACCACCCAGUGGGUGGAAUUGACCACACAGGAACCGCACUGGCUCAUUCCUAGUUCCAGACUUGGCCAGAGAAGAGCAUACGUCCUCACAACAGCUCACAUCGACAGCACAGCUUCCAAUUCGCAAGUGAUGUAUAUGAACCUUAUGGCGGGACCCCGGGGUCCCGAAUAAACGAAAGUCAAAAUCGUAAUUAAUUUAUUUUUGGCGACUCCGUUCCACCACGCACAUAAACGCCGCGAACCACCUGGCGCGGAUCAUUCUGUUGUCGUGUCGUCCAAGCGCAGCAGCGAGGACGAAUGCGCAGAAGAAAAAAAUUGUUAAACUUUGAUUAGCGCAUCGUGUAAAGCUCGUCGAGCGGAAUUGAUUGCCGUGUCGUUCGCCUUCAACAGACAUCAAAUGGCGUCGCAACGCAGUUUAUGCGAGAGCCGGGGGCUUAUGGAACCCCGGGGACCCGCCAUAAGGUUCAUAUAUUGAUCCGGCUAAAUGUGUAUCGUUAAGACCCUCCACCACCUGACACAGCCAGAAAAAUGUUCAGUUAUGACGUGUGCGCAACUGCCGAGUUAUUGUUUCAGCUCGGUGGUAAGUUGGCGACUUUCUAAAAACCAAAUGUCGUGUCUAGAUGUGAUGUCACUUCCUAGAUUGACGUUUGACCUCGUUUCAAACAGAACGUCGUAUUCAUUGGCCACAUCCGAUGUUGUCCCUCAAUGUGGUGCCCUGGGGCUGUUCAUAGGUCGUUCCUGGUCCAGUAGUCUGGGUCACCAAUGGUUUCUGAAAUGAGGCAUAUCACUCCAGGCCAGUGUGUUCCAGAGUUUGUAAACCACACACCCAGGUCCGUUCAUGAGCUGUUACAUCAUUACAUUGCAAUGUAAAAAAAAGCCUUAUUAUUCUUACGAUGAGAUAUGUUUAUACUGAAAUGUAGCAUUAAAUAUACCAUGACAAUAGUUUGUGGUUAUUGUAUAUAGCUUCUUUAUGUUAUAAAGAUUAUUGCUGAUCCACCAAAACGUUACUUAUUGCGUAGGAGAAGACGAGAGUAAUGUCUGCUGUGGAGAUGGAACUGAUGAAAUCACCUCUUGUGCAGGUACUAGUGGUACUAGAGUUAGAUGAUUCAAUCUCAGGAUCUUGGGAGAUGGCAAGGACUUGGCGGGGUAGCCCUUCAUCAUAGCUGAUAAUGAGAUUAUAAUUAUGCAAGAUUUAACACAUAGCAGGCUUUCGCGACCAAUAUUAUUCAUAAUCAACGUUUUGGGGUUAGAUCGCGAUAUUUUUAAAUGUGUCAUAACCCUCCACCACCCGACACGGCCAAUCAGCAAAAAAGUGUCACGUUGACAAAAAGUUCACUGCUUUAGCCCACCGGUGUGUUGAAGCGUGAAACCACAACAUUUACAAUUUUUGAGUACGACUUUUCGCUGAUAAUUGCAUCCAGCAUUAUCGGGCAAUUCGCCAGAAUGGUGAGGUCUUUGCUAAACCAGUGAACUAUUUGUCUUUUGUCAACGUGACACUUUUUAGCUGAUUGGUCGGGUGGUGGAGGGUUACGAUACAUUUAUAAAUAACGCGAUCGAACCCAACAACGUUGAUCAUGAAUAAUGCAAGAGUCUACCAACAUUCCGUCAACUUAUCCGGGUAACGUGGCUCACGUUUUACCCACAGCAGGGGUCGGCCACCAGCGGCUGUGGAGCCGCGUGCAUCCCUUUAAGGACCGCUGUUUCGUGACCGUUAUUUAUUCAGGACGACCGUCUAGUAUCCACAUUGCAUUGCGGCUUUUGAAAUAUCGAGGGGGGGGGGUUUUUUUUUGUUCUCUCCCGAAUUCGAAAACAAAUGGCUCUGCUUGUUAUUUUUUUUUGUCGACCCCUGCACCACCGGCAUCAAUAAUCUUUAUGCUCCCCCAUCUCUGUCAGGGAUGGAACAGAAAGCUACCGAUCAGCUGUAAUCAGCCCUGGCCACAUCUGCCCUGUGCGUCACGGGACAACACAGGCCUGCUCAUUUGGCUGAUCGGAUUCUGCUUUGUUUAAUUCACUGUUAACAAAUGAUCCUUUCAGGAGGAAAUGGACUCGGAGUUCCUCCCCCUCCCUCCCUCCCAAAGAAUCGAAGUGCCUAGAACUGAGAAUCAGGUGCAAGGUUUGUUGGAUGCAGUGAUUGUCGAGCAAACACAGGCUCUUCGCGUCCUCCACAACAGAGUGUGUGUGUGUGUGCGUCUUUACAGGUCUGCCAAUCUUAUCUCAGCCGGGUUGAGCAUUGGUGCAGGUGCAGGCCUGUGCAAUAAACCCACCCGCAGAGGCAACGGGGGGUGUGGUGUGGGGUGUUUUUUUCCUCUAGAGUUUUAUCGUGCAGGACAUUGUUAUAUUUUCGCAUGUACGUUACGGGACACACUGCAGCGCGAUUGACUGGUAGACACGAGAUGUCCUGUGUAAUAAGACUUGCGAUACCUUUAUAUGCUGGAAUACCAAUGUAGUGGCCAUGUGCAUGGUGUUACCUGUAACCAAAUCAACAAGAAUGCGUCAGAGUUAAGUCGGGUUGACCUUCGAUAGGGCCUUUGAUGGGUGACCACAAUCCACAUACGCUGGACGGAGAUUUGUGGGUGCUUCAAAAUCCAAUGUUGUACUCGUACUUUUAUGCUCUCGAGUGUAUGCUUCCUGCCUUUACCAUCCCACACUGACCAGCGUGGUGAAGUAUGGUCGAGCAAAUCGACCUGGGAAAUCUUGCCCUCAUCCAGAGGUGGAUUGACAGAAGAGCUUGUGCGGUCGUGUACACGCAAUGGAGAGGGCUCCAUAUCCAACGGACGUGUGAACAUACUUGACCUAUAUCAAGGAUGUUCGAACCGAUAGUUUCUAACUCCCAUCCCCCCCUUUCGUCACGGUGGCGAGAUGUUAGCUACCUCGCCUGGUAUACAGGAGGUCGUGGGUUAGAUCCCGACCCUGAGGCCUGCUGUAUAUUUGGAUUUUGCAUGUUCUCCCCGUGGUUGCGUGGGUUUUUUCUCCGGGUCCUCCGGUUUGUACCUCCACAUUUAGAAACAAUUUGCGUUUCGAGUUAUUUGGCUACUGCUAUACAUUGCCACACGAUAAGCCACUUCGUUGAACUAUCAUUUGUGGCCAGGUCGCUUUUAAAAAAUAGCUACAUAGUUCAAUGGGCCUUACCUGGUAAAAUUUAAAUCGUUUCUAGUUUUAUCUCCCUGCGUGUUCGCCAAUGCUUGCCUCGGGUUCAUAUCCAUAGAGCAACUUCUCUAAAACAGUAUAAAUGCAUAUUCUGAUUUUGAAAACAAAACAACAAAGACUUUUUUUUUUACCUUCGCCAUAGUAUUGCAAUUAUAUUUUUUACAUUUGUUUGCAUUUUUAUAAAGCCUUUUACACCGCGAUAAUAUAUUUCUUAAUAUCUCAUUACUGUGCUGUAAUUAUAAUUUGUAUAGCGCGUGUUAAAUGUUUGCAGCGUCAAUUUGCUGCACAGUAUUAAAGUGUUUAACUCUUGUUUAUUUUAAUUUCUCAUUAAUAAGGGGCUGGUUACUAUUAUUAUUUAAAAUAAAUGCAGCCAAAAUACAUGUUUUAACUGCAUAUUUCAGUUAUUCAAUCUGUUGAAACAUUUUUAUCGGGUGCUUUUAAACAUAAAGGAUUUUCUUCUUCUUCUUCUCAUUUUGUACCGAGGUCGAGUCGUCGAUUUUUUGUUUCUCAAUAAACAAACAUGAAUACAA